AUGACGGCAACAGCUGCAGUGAGUCCUAGUGAAUACCUACAACCAGCUGCCUCAACUUCCCAGGAUACACAGCCUUCUCCCUUGGCUCUCCUUGCAGCCACAUGCAGUAAGAUUGGACCCCCUGCAGUUGAAUCAGCUGAGACUCCUCCUGUACCAUCACGACCAGCCCGAAAAAGACUGAUACCUAUAAAGCCUGCACCAUUGCCAGUGAGUCCAGGGAAAGCAGCCAUAGGCAUUCUGUCUGCUAAAGGAAAUGUCAUCCAGAUCCCACAGCUCAGCACUGCUAAUGGGCAGCUCUUCUUUACCAUCCAGAACCCCAUGAGCAAAACUGGCCAUUUUCAAAACGUGCAAACCACCACCCCCCAGGAAUUCCACAGAAUAUGGGAACUCAGUUCCAGAUUGUCAGUUCCACUGAUGGCGGGGCAACUCUUCAGCUUGCUCCAGUCUCCAACUCCACCAAACACGUACCAAUAAAGCCUGCUCCUCCACAAAAGCCCAACAACAUAGUGAAAGUGACUGGAACUGCUGGCAACAGCCUCACAUUGGCAUUGCCUCUUAAUAGUCUACAAGACUCUUCCAAUGAAGCAAGCUCUCAGCUUCUCCCAAGCAAACAGAGCAAAAAGGCACGCAAGAAACCAUUUCAAACAGCACCAACACCUAGCUCUCCCUCCCAGGAGCAGGUGGAGACUGUUGUGAUAGAGACAACAGCAGACAACAUCCUGCAAGCGGGUAACAACUUGGUGAUUGUCCAGAGCCCAGGCACAGGGCAGCCAACCGUACUUCAGCUGGUACAGCCCAAGACGGACACUCAGAUGGUGCAGAUACCCCAACAGGCACUGAGGGUGGUUCAAGCAGCAUCAGCCACUCUGCCAGCCGUGCCACAAAAAGCAGUACAAAAUGUCCAGAAUACCGAGAUUGUACCCACACAGGUACUAAUACAUGCCAAUUAUGGCAUACUGUAUUGA